CAACCGCCCUUUUUGUGCGACGCACCGAGUGGUUGUGGGCUCCGACGGCGCAACAACGCACGCCCGCCAUGGAGUCCAUCGCACGCAUAUCGACGCUCCUCGAGAACGCCCGGGAGCUCACCCUCGACGCGGCCUCGGCUGCCCGAAGCUCACGCGGUUCGUCCCGACCCCUCGACCGGACGCAGGUCAAGAAGCUGCUGGACAGCCGCAGUGAGCGGGAUGUGCUCGACGGGUUGCGGCGUGUCGUCUCGGUUUGUACUCGGCCCGCCGUCCGCCGUCUGUCGUCCUUCGUCCCCAAUCCGCGAUCGGCUAACGGCUGCAUGUCCAGAUGAUGUACCGCGGCCAAAAGACGCUGCCGCUGUUCUCGUCCGUGGUCAAGAACGUCGCCUCGCCCAACCUAGAAAUCAAGAAGCUCGUGUACAUCUAUCUCAUCCACCAUGCCGAGCAGGAACCGGAUCUCGCCCUCCUGUCCAUCAACACGAUCCAGAAGUCGCUGUCGGACACGAACCCGCAGGUGCGCGCGCUGGCGCUGCGCACCAUGUCGGGCAUCCGGGUGCCGGUUAUCAGUCAGAUCGUGUCGCUCGCCAUUCGAAAGGGCGCCGGCGACAUGAGCCCAUACGUCAGACGCGCCGCGGCCUUGGCCAUUCCCAAGUGCUACCGCCUCGAUCCCUCGCAGCUGCCCCAGUUGCUGGAAUAUCUUUCGACUCUCCUCGGCGACAAGCAAUACUACGUGGCUGGCGCUGCCGUGACUGCGUUCAUGGCGAUAUGCCCGGAGAGGGUUGAUCUGAUCCACAAGCACUACCGGAGCCUCGUCAGGAUGAUCGUCGAUAUGGACGAGUGGAGCCAGCUGUCGACCCUGCGGCUGAUGACCAUCUACGCCAGGAAAUGCUUUCCCAGGAGGACAAAGUCGGUUAGAGGCAAGGAGAGAACGGCAGAGCUGCAUGACUUCUAUGGCGAAAGUCCUGAUGCGAACUCCGAGAGUGAGCAGGUCGUGGUGCUCGAUCCAGAUCUGGAGCUGCUUCUCAACAGCAUCAAGCCCCUCUUACAGUCUCGCAACUCGGGCGUGGUCGUCGCAGUUGCGCGGUGCUACUCCGCCAUCGGCACGCCUGCCUACACAAAGGCAGCAAUCGGGCCGCUGGUUGCCCUCCUCCGCGGCGCCCAGGACAUCCAACAGAUCGCACUCUUCAACAUCGUCUCCAUUUGUCUGAGCUGCCCAGCCGACUUUGUCAAGUACGCCACUCACUUCCUCGUCCGAGCAACCGACACGCAGCCAGUGUGGGAGCUCAAAUUGGAGGUCCUCACCCUUAUCUUCCCCCACGCUCCGCCCCAUGUGAAAAGCCUCAUCCUCAACGAGCUGGAGCAUUUCAGCCGAGGCUCCGACAAGGCUCUCGUCAGGGAGGCCGUGAGAGCCAUUGGCAGAUGCGCACAAACCGACGCGGCCACCGCGCCGAGAUGCUUGCGACUGCUCCUGGGCCAGAUCACAAGCCUCGACGGCACGCUAGCAGCCGAGAGCUUGACCGUCAUCCGCCAUCUCAUCCAGCAAGACCCGACGGCGCAUAUUGCCACCGUUAUCCGCCUUGCUAAGAACCUCGACUCGGCCACCGACCCGCAAGCUCGCGCCACCAUCAUCUGGCUCGUCGGCGAGUUCUCGGGCCUCAACGGCGAGGACAACAUCGCCGCCGACGUCCUGCGCAUCCUCCUCAAGGACUUCGCCUCGGAGUCCGAGAUCGCCAAACGCCAGAUCGUACUGCUCGGCGCCAAAGUCUACCUGCACCACCUCAACCGCCAAAUCGCGCAGUCCCCAUCCCGCUCCCAAUCCCCGUCGACUGACGAAGACCCUACCAGCUCCUUUCCACCCCCCGGCCCCAAACCCCUCGACGAAGACGACCACCCGGCCGCCAAGCUCUGGCGCUACCUGCUCCUCCUCGUCCGCUACGACACCUCGUACGACCUGCGCGACCGCACGCGCCUGUACAAGGCGCUGCUCCAGGUGCCGCAGCUCGCCACGCUGAUGCUGCUCGCGCCGAAGCCGGCGCCGCAGGCUCCGAGCCCGUCCGAGGCGCGCCGCGGGUACACCCUCGGCUCGGCCGCGCUGGUGCUGGCCGCCGCCGGCGGCGGCGUGCACGGCCUGAGGGGGUACGAGGACCUGCCGCCGUGGGUUGAGGCGGGCCGCGAGCCCGACCCGAGGCUGCGCGGAAGCGACGAUGGCGGCGGGAGGUACGGCGAGAAGAGGGUCGUGCCGGCUGCCGAGGCGCUGGAUGCUGCUGCUGCGGCUGCUGCUGCGAGUGGUGGCGGUGCACGGGCGUCGCCUGCCUCGCUGGGUGGGCAGCCGGUGAGGGUUGGAGGGAAGGCGGCGAACGGACUGGGCGAUAAGACGUUGGAUGAUUGGUUGGCGGAGGACGAAGAGGAGGAGGAGGAGAGUGAGGAGGAAGAGGAGGGGGAAGAGGAGGGGGAUGAGGAGGACGACGAGGAGGAAGAAGAGGAAGAAGAGGAAGAAGAUGACGAAGAGGAGGAGAGCGAAGAGGAUUCGGAAGGGGAUGCAAGGCUCAUGCGGCCACGAUGAGAGGGAUCAGU